AUGACGAGGCCUUGCCUGGUCCAGUACUGGGCAACCAAACUUGGUGCACCAAUAUUGGGCCACGACUGGGCACAACUAGGAAAAGAAAAUCAGCCUGAAGCUUACAUCGUUAUGUAUUCUGUGAUCGAUAAGGUUUCUUUUCAACAAGCAGAAGAGCUAUUAUCAAAACUUCAUGAUCAAAAUGUGAUGAGAGCCCGACCUGCUAUUUUAGUCGGCAAUAAGAUUGACCUUGUGCGAUCUAGAGUGAUUAAUUUUCAAGGUAUGCUUUGA